AGUGCUCAAGCCUAGGGGCGGGCGGGGGAGAGCUGCGCCUCGGUUUAACGGCUGUUUAAGGCCACAUGAACGAAUGAGGUGACAAAGAUGGGAACAUUCCAGAAGUUCUGCCUCCGGUGGAACAACCACACCACGAAUUUGCUAGGAACUUUAGGUCAUAUUUUAGCGUCAGAACAACACUCUGAUGUCACCCUCUGUUGCCAAGGAGAAGUGUGGCGGCUGCACAAGCUGGUGCUGUGCGCGUCCAGCAGCCACUUCGAGAAGCUCCUGGGGAUGCUGCCGCCGGGCCAGACGCCCAUCGUGGUCCUGGACGGACCACACCCGCAGGACGUGGGGUCGCUCAUCCACUUCAUCUACCACGGCGAGGUGAACGUGGACCAGGAGAACCUGGCGUCGCUGCUGCGCACGGCCGAGAGCCUCAAGAUCAAGGGCCUCGCCGAAGUGUCGUCCGUGACCGGUGGCGGCGGCGGCGCUGCUGAACACAAGACCCCCGCAGGCGACACCGACCGCCAGCGCCAGCACAGCAGAGGGCGCUCGCGACCCAGCAGCCGCCAGAGCGCGCCCAUCUACGCCCUCGGCAGCGAAUACCCGCUGGGCAUGUACGGCCUGGUGUCACAGGCGGUGGUGUCGCCGCAAACGCACGUACCUGACCCCAUGGAGCGCGACCCGUCGCCGCUCAAUCUGUCGUUCAGCGGCUCGCUCAAGAACAUCCACGACGAGACGCCCCAGGAGCGCCAGGAGCGCCGCAACCGCCUCGACGACCUCCUGUACGCCGCCACGGAACGCAGCAAGAAGGAGGAGCGGCGCGAGGCCCGGCGGGAGGCGCGCGAGGCGGCGCUGCGGGAGGCGGCGGCGGCGCGCGACGGCCCAAUCGCCCUCACGCACGAUUCGGGCGCCACGCUGCUGCCGGCCCCGAAGCGCGCGCGCACCGCCGAGCCGCCGCCGCCGCCGCGGACGGGCGGCUUGCCCGCCCACCCGGCCUUCCACAUCCCCCUCCUCAACCUCACCGUUCCCCCCGGCAGUGGCGGCGGCGGUCACCCCCCGCCGCACGCCGCCGUGCCCGCGCAGAACCCGCAUUCCACAGAAGUAAUACCUCAUGCAGAACACGUGCCCACGUGCUUGCAACAGCAGCAGCAGGAUGAGCAGCAAGAGCAAGCAGACGAAGUGCAAGAAUUAGAGACCAUCGUCACAAAGCCAUCGCCAGUCAAGUCCGAGAAAUUCGACGUCACGAGCGACGCGAGCGCCCUGGAGGACCCGGCCGUGAACAGCGACGAGAGCGACACGCAGAGCGCCCCCGAAACGCCCAGCGACCUCAGCGUUAUGCCGCACCCGCAGGCGAGAACGCCUACGCCCACGCCCAACAGCAUCCCUCCAUCAUCUCAGCUCACCUGCGGCGCCGCGGACGAACCCAACUCGUCCUCGUCCGCGUGCGGCACGCCAACCGCUCCCUCCAGCGCCAUCAAUGGGUCGUCGUCAGCGCCGUCGGUCACGCCGCCGUCGGACGCAGGCGAGGAGAAGGUGACGCCGUACUUCCACAGCAUCCUGCGCCAGGUGGCCGACGGAGGCAGCGGCGGGGAGGCCAACACGACAAGCGCGCAGAGAGUGACCAUCAACAUGAGAACCUUCAAGGAAGAAUGGCGGAGGCAGCUCCUGGUCGACUACGACACCCGGACCAACAUGAGCAUCUGCAUGCUGUGCUUCACCACCUUCAAGUCUUACGACGGCCCGAGAAAGAACACGUAUGUGAAGCACGCCAAGCGCUUCCACCCGUCGCUCGAGGAGUACUCGGAGGAGGAGCGGGACCUCAUCAUUAGCAUGUACGAGAAGUACCACAAGUACGACGUGGACAUGCAGAAGGAAGUGAACAAGUCUUACAGACCGAUCCUAACCACGCAACCUUCCAGAGCUGCCAAUGCCAUCGUCGCCCUGGGCAAGAAGGGCGCCAAGCACUGCGACAUCGCGGCCGUGAUCGCGGGCUCGAACGGCCUCACGGGCAAGGCGGGCGCGGAGGGCGAGGGCCACGACGAGGGCGCGGAGGUCGUCGUGUCCGAGGCCGGCGCCGUCAAGGAGGAGGAGGCUCACCACGCGCAAGGCAAAAGUCGUUCGCACACUCCCGAUAGUGAGAUUAGCCUAGAAGCCAACGAGAAGUUAUCGGACAGCUUCGACGCCGAGGAAGGGAGAGAGAAGCUGGACAACAACAACAUCUCGGCGGCGCAGUUGUCGAAGCGCAGUCAGAUGAACACCCGCGCCAAAGCCGCUGCCGCAGCCGCCGCUGCUGCUGCCGUGACCGUGUGAAGUAGUUGCUCGUAGCUCCUGUGUCCAGGGCUCACUUGACCACUUUUCUAUUUAUCCCUUUAUGUGAUGAGUGACAACCAAGGAAAUAUACAUGUGAUAUUUAUCUUCGGAAGGAGAAAGGGAAACAGUCGGCCGGCCAUGUUGACGCGUUCCUUCCCCAGCAAGCCAUUCCUUGGUGCUUCUUUCGUUUUUUAUUCUUUGGGGUAAAUCUGAAUGGAAGGAUCUUGUCUUUGAUACUGGUUCGGACAAAGAAAAGGAAAAUAGAUAGCUCUAAUCCUGAAAAAGAUAGCUAUUGCUUAAAUUCCUAAGACUUUCUAUUGGAUUCCUAUUAUUGGCAACAUAUCACAAAGGUCUUUUUUUCUAAUCUUAGGAUUAUGCAAAUUAGGCGCCCAUAACAGGAACCGUUAAUCGACAAAGUAUAUUGCCAUAUCAUUCCUUGUGCUCAAAGCUACAGUAGUAGGUCUGCUCUACAAAUGUGUAGGAUUGUAGGAUCUGUGUGAAACAUAUUCCAGUGCGACCUCCUUCUUCGUCCGCCACAGGAAAAGGAGUUGCACCGUACUAAACAAUAAGCUUUUUAUUGCUACCGAAGCACAGCAUAAUGAAACUUAUUGCUGGUAUACCUAUAAUGAUAUUUAAGCUAGUGCUAACGUAACGUUGUUAUGCCAUUUUGUUUUGUGUAUCGACUGAUUUCCUUUUGUAGUUUUUACACCGGUUUUCACGUGCAUGGGACUGUGUGAUAUUUUUUUCUAGGUAGAGUAGACUAGGUGACAAGAGACACACAUUCCUUUUCGGUAGAGUAAAUAUUAGGGAAGAAAGCGACCAUUGAUCAGAGAAAAAGAGGGCAGAGCAAGAAGUGGAAGAAGAAGAAAGGAAAAAUAUUUGCUCUUUCGCCUCCUUGGAAAAGAACAAGAAAACACACCGUUUACCUGGCAUUACAAAGCUGUUUGUUUAUGCAAUCCUCAAGCAUUGUUUUCUAGAGGUGGUUGUCCCUACGUCGGCUGUAGCUUUUGUCAGUAUCCACACCCAGUUAAACUUCUUUCUUCCAGCUCUCAGAAACAGCAGUUUUCACUCGUAGCUGCUUACUCCAGUUUUGAUAAGUACCAAAUACGAAAGGAAAUAAGCUCCCAGUACAUAUAUUUUUUCCAUUUUAUGGCAAGAUGAUGAUGAUAAUAAUGUAUAAUUCACACAUCUUCAAUAAUAGAUAUAAUGAACGAAAGGAUGAAAAUGAAAACCCUGGCAUGCAAUGUCCGAUCGACUUGAGAAUGCAAGAAUGCGAAGCUAGUAUACGUCGUGCCAUGUCAAAGAGAUAUCACGCAUAUCUUUCUUCAAACAGAAUAUCCGAGUGGCCAUAUCAACCUUUAUGAAUUAAACCAUAUCAUGUUGUUACAAGCACUGAUUGUUACCUAGUUUUAGGUAAGUUGUAGUUGAUGUAUUGUGUUUGAAUACAUUUUUCUCAGAAUGUUAUACUUUUUAUAUAAUUUUGCAGAGUCGUCCUCUUUUAUUACGAAAAGAUCGUCUUUCACGGACUCCUGAUGACAACAGAGUGCUGUAUAUUUUUGUGUGCUUUACAUUUAUUGCAGAAUCUAUAUGACUUUAAUUUAAACACAUGAUCAGUGGCCAAAAGCUGAAUUGAUUUUCUUGUGCCAAAUAUGAAGUAAGUUUAAGCUUUUAUUUUAACGUGUCAGUAGUUUUUACGAGAGUAAGAAGACAACGUAUUUUUUGUGUGUAUGUGUUGCUGAUUAUUUAUUUCUGAUAAUGCAGUUUCUUCGUCGUAUUUUCCAGUUCAGUUUUCGAGAAAUCCCAUUGUGAUUUUUUUCUCACUGUCUCUAUCACUCAGUCUUAUUUCCCAUAUAUAUAUGUACAGAUAUUUUUACUUAAUUUCGGUUAAACAUUGCCAUUGGGAACAACCGGAACAAAACACAUAGGGUAAAAACAAAGUAAAUUUUCACGCGCUUUUUUGCGAUUCAUUUGAUUUUCUUGUUUCAAAAAAUGCAAAUCAGCUAAAACGUCGAUAUUGAUAAGUAUAGACGCCUUCCUAUAGCUUCUGCUCAUGGUUAUCCAGUGGCCAUAAGACGUAGGAAUAAUUUUAAUACAAGCUUAAUUUCACUGAUAUGCUCUCUUGAAAAAAUAAUGAUACGCUGACGGGCUAGAGUAACGGAAAGGGUUGUGUGAUGCGAAUAUGUUUUUAAUUUAACCUGUUGAAACAAAAUGAUAAUAGAUGAAAAAAAAUCACAAUUGUUCAUUAUUACUGAUAAUAUCAUUAUGAUUGUUAUUAUUAUUAUUAUCAUUAUUAUUAUUAUUAUUAGUGUAUUUAUUAUUAUCGUCAUU